GAGGGAUACAGGGGGACUGUUUCUCAGGUGGAAGACGUAGGGCAUCAUGGCCGUGUCACGGCGCACACAUCCUUUUAAAUUCCAGUUUGUUUAUUUAAAAAGAAAAACUGGUCAAAGGGAGGCGGGCUACGGUCACUCGCAGUGCGAGUUAUCAAUGCGCGUUAUUCACUGUUGUGAAUAAAUCUUGACAUCGCUCGUUGUUGCUCGUCUGUCUGAACUGCAGUGAACAGGUUGCAGCUACCGCACAGAUACCGACUGAGUUAAGUAACAGCCAGUAAUAGCUUACAUUAUAACCUAUUUUUUUUUAACUUUUCAUUUUUUUUAAACUGGAGGCUUAGUCACCCAGGCGUCCCUUCGCAGUGAGGAAAUCGGCUCAGUUUGGAUCUGCCAUUAGAAUAAUGUGGCUGUCACCGCGAGAGGACGCACUGUCACAAUUUUAAGAGCAUAAAUGUCCCGCAACAUGCCGUUGGCCCAGAGCAACAGGCUCUGCAGCAGCUUCUGCUCUUCUCUUCUUGCAAACUGUAGCAGGAAAAAGCGCAGACUUUAGUGGCUGUUGUAAUAAAAGUUUUUUUUCUUAGAAAAGGAGUUUAAAACUUUUAUUUUUGGUUAUCAUUUUUAUACUUGUCAACUUUAAUGACGCUGAAGGUGAAUUUAUAAGUUUUCCCUUUUAAGUUUAUAAACGUAGGUAUCAUAUUUUAUAGAUUAAUUCAAAAUAAAAUAACUUUCUACAACACGAGUUUUGCACACCUAGCACGCUUGCAUGCAUAAGACAGCUGUUAAGUGUAUAAGGCCUUACUACAGUACAAUUUUCAUAUUUAAAACAAAUAUACCUCUUUUGAUGAGUUCAGAGAAAAAAACAAACAAACAUUAAAAAGGUAGUAAAUUCUUGCAGCUCUUCUAUAUCUUCCUUGGCCAAAUGUUGUAUUCAAUUAGAGCAGGCCCCUCCCCUUAACUGAUGACACUGACAGACCCUCCUUAAGUUGCGUCGCGCCACAGCUGUCUGCAAGCAUUGAGCUGCCUGGCGCCAUCCUGAAAGAAUGCCUUCACUGUAAAAAAAAAAAAAAAAAAAAAGAGAGAGAGAGAGAGAAAAGGAAAAAAAGAAGGGGGACUGGAAGGAGCAAGAGAGAAAGAGAGAGAGCGAGAGAGGUAGGGCAAGGGUGAGUAAGCAAGAGACUCACAGACCUAGAGGGAAAGAGAGAGAGAGGAGCGGAGUUAAUGGAGAGGGCUUCAACUGCGCACAAACAGAGAUUUGAUCAGUGAGUUUAACUUGCUGGUGCUGGUCAGUGCGCAGUGAGGCCAUCCACUGCAAACAAGCCCUGCCUGCGCCCCGUGCGAGCCUCCGCUACUUGUUGAGCUGAAACACUGACUUUUUUUUUUCUCGCUGUUUGUUUGCUAAGAGGAAGAAGUUCAGGAGCUCUGCGUGGGACCGGAUUCCAUUUUGGACGUAUUUCUGUGACAGCACCUCAGUUGCAUUUGUAAUGUUGGGUGAUCGGAAGCAAGCGCGGAACCUGUGGAUUUAACAAACACGCGGAUUUGGGACAGUUUAUUUCUUAUCUUUUGACUUGUACCAGUUUGCUUCAGCGUGCAUGAACAUUUGCUAAAGCAACGAAAAAAUAUAUCUAAAGAAAUCAAGCGAUGGAAGUAAGUGCGGACCAGCCACGAUGGAUAAGCCAUCAUCCCGCGGUGAUGAACGAACAGCAUCCUGGCUCACAUCACCCGGGCCUCGGCCACUCAUACAUGGACCCUUCGCAGUAUCCCCUCGCUGAAGAUGUGGAUGUACUCUUUAAUAUCGAUGGACAGGGGAACCACGUCUCUCCAUACUAUGGAAACUCUGUCCGAGCCGUCCAGAGGUACCCUCCUCCUCCACACAGUAGCCAGGUGUGCCGUCCCUCAUUACUGCACGGCUCUCUGCCCUGGCUGGAGGGGAGCAAAGGAAUCCCCCCGCACCACAGCACUUCUCCCUGGAACCUGAGCCCCUUUCCCAAGAACCUGCACCAUGGCUCCCCGGCCAGCCUGUCCGUCUACCCCCCAGCCUCAUCCUCCUCCUCCCUGUCUACCGGUCACUCCAGUCCACACCUCUUCACGUUUCCCCCGACCCCUCCCAAAGACGUAUCCCCGGAUCCGGGCAUAUCUACCCCCGGCUCCAGCAGCUCCGGGCGGCAGGAGGAUAAAGAGUGCAUAAAGUACCAAGUGACCCUGGCCGAGAGUAUGAAACUGGAGUCAGCUCACAGCCGGAGCGUGGCAUCAAUCGGAGCAGGGUCAUCCUCUGCCCACCACCCCAUCGCCACAUACCCACCCUAUGUCCCUGAAUACGGCCCAGGCCUCUUCCCACCAAGUAGCCUGAUAGAAGGUAGAGAGUGUGUGAACUGCGGGGCCACGUCGACUCCGCUGUGGAGGCGGGACGGUACGGGUCACUAUCUGUGUAACGCCUGCGGACUCUAUCACAAGAUGAACGGGCAGAAUCGCCCUCUCAUCAAACCCAAGCGACGGCUGGUACGUCUCCACCAUGUUUCUCUGUUGAUGACAUUUCCGUCUCUCUCUCUGUUUUUCCCCUAUCCAGGAAGAAGUAGGCCUAUUAGCUGCAGGAAAUUGACUCGACAAGUGCAGUCGGCAGCCAGGCGGGCAGGGACGUCGUGCGCAAACUGUCAGACGACAACGACGACGCUGUGGCGGAGAAAUGCCAACGGGGACCCGGUGUGCAACGCCUGCGGCCUGUACUUUAAACUGCACAAUAUCAACCGACCUCUGACCAUGAAGAAGGAAGGCAUCCAGACCAGGAACAGGAAGAUGUCCAGCAAGUCAAAGAAGAGCAAAAAGGCCCAAGAUAACAUGGACGACUUCUCCAAGAGCCUGAUGGACAAGACCAGCUCAUUCAGCCCGGCCGCUCUGUCCCGCCACAUGUCAUCCUUCCCCCCCUUUUCGCACUCCGGCCACAUGCUGACCACCCCCACACCCAUGCACCCCUCCUCGAGCCUCCCCUUCACCCCGCACCACCCUUCCAGUAUGGUCACAGCCAUGGGUUAGAGCUCCCCGCGGUGCACCACUCCUGAAUCCUCAGCCUCGCCACCACCGCACCUUUCGGUACCUCUGCUGCCCUGCUUCCAUAUCCUAAACGACAAACUGCUUCUCGGUCCGAUCUAAGCUCCCCAGUUUCACCGCCGAGCCACGGCGUGUGAGUGCGACAGGCUUUAGGCUCCUGUUCUCCUCAGUUGUAUCUUAUUUUUUAUAAAAAUCGAAGUGUACCUCUGCGAUGUGAAUGCUUUGCAGACUUGACUUGACUGUGGCGCACCGACCUCCAGGGGGACGUUUUUUUGUUUUCCCUCCUCCCCGAGCUGCCACCACCACAUUGAGGCUGUCCUCCCAGCUGAUCCACACGAUAAGGAGCUCCAUUUGUGUACAAAAAGCCAUUUUUCCACACUUGACAUCACAAAAAACUGACAUUAAAAGAACUUUUGUGACGCCCUCUUCCUCAAUGUCCAAACCCUACUCUCUUCACCUUGCACCUGUGUAACAGGAACCCCCCACCACCACCACCCCCACCCCCUUCCCGCUCCCUUGCUUCCUCUCCCUCUUCUCCUCCUUCUUCUGCUGAAGAUGAGGAGAGACAGACGUUGAAUAUAUUUGUACAAAUUGUAUGAAAUACAGUACAUUUAAUGAAGACUUUUUAAUUAAGUAAGAAAAAAAGGAAACAUGCCCCUGGGCAGCUAACAACAAGAAGGGUACGAGUCGCAGCAGGUGGAGAGACUUGCCACUGGAGGAGUGAGGAGAGGCUGCCUCCGAGUCCCGGAGGAAAGAAAAAAAAAAGGGAGGAGGAGGUGAGGGAAAGACUUUUGAGAAAGGGCAGGCCUCGGUUUUUGCCUGCAUGAAUUGUGUUGCAUUAAGUUUGCAGAGAGUCAGCGGCUCCGGCUGCAGGCAUCUCUCUUCUUCUUCUUCUUCUUUUUUUUUUUUUUUGGAUGUGCUAUAGGUCUCGGGCAAUUGGUUUGUGUUGAAGCGCGCACGUACAAGCACACACAUACACACACACACUUACACGCACACACUCGCACACACUCGCACACACUCGCACACACUCGCUCACCUGAAAGACUUUCUUCCUGCCCACAGAUUAUAUGCAUUGUGAAAAAAGUUCCUGUAUUUGUUAUUUGUAUGUAUAAAUCAGAGUACCAAAAAUACGAAAGAAACAAAGAUGUAGAAUUAUUUCUUUAUGUUAUGCAGACUGAAUGGUUGUAAAAAAUUUAAUAAUAAUCACUAGUGUAAAAUAUGACUGCUUUUUUGUUUCGUAAUUUUUUUUUUCCUCUUUGAAAAUAAUAAACUAGUUUAAUCUCUGUUGACAUGUUA